UUUCCCCGUCGGUUUUAUCGUAUCACUACGGUUUCCGAGGAGUUUUCAGUCUGGUUUGCCCGCGCGACCGGCAUGUUCGUCCGUUGACCGUUCGCGUUGCGAAAUCUGUCAACUGUUUACGUCCCUUUUCCUUAAGUUUUUUUCCUCUUUUUCCUCACUCUCUCCCGUUCUGUUAUUUCUCUUUUUCCUCCCCUGUCUUUUUUUCGUCGUUUUCCACUACAGUUUUUUCGCAUCCGUUUUGCCGCCGUCGUGAAAUUCCAGCGUCUCGUCUUGUACGCGUCCACCCGCAACGGUUGUCAUCGUCGUUUACUUGCACACGAUUCAAUAUGUCAAUAAUUAAAACAGAAACAACAGACGAGCUAUUAGAAAGAGGAUUCGAUUUCUUUGUGAAACAUUUCCCAGAUAGUGGAAAACCUGAUAAAUUGGGCAUUGGACCCGGACGAGUAAAUUUAAUUGGAGAACACACAGACUAUAACGAUGGAUUCGUGUUACCCAUGGCAUUGCCGAUGGUGACGAUUGUGUUAGGCCGAGCCAACAACACCGACAUUUGUCGUGUGGUUACUGAAUGUAGCAGUCUCGAGGAAAUCAAGGAUUCAAACAAAACCGAAUUCAAAAUUCCUACCGUCAAACCACUGUACGUGGGCACACCUAAAUGGGCCAACUACGUCAAAGGAGUGAUCGCAUGCUUCCAAAGUAUAGUGGUAGGUUUCGAUGCCGUAAUUUUGUCCAGUGUACCAUUGGGUGGUGGGCUGUCCAGCAGUGCUUCCCUAGAAGUAGCCACCUAUUCGUUCAUCGAAGCUAUUACCGGAAAUAAAACAAAUCAAUUGGUGCAUAAAGCUAUGGUAUGUCAAAAAGCAGAACACAUGUUCGCCGGAGUCCCUUGUGGUAUAAUGGAUCAAUUUAUUUCUGUCAUGGGAAUAGAAGGUCAUGCUUUACUCAUAGACUGCAAAUCAUUAGAAUAUGAUCCCGUUCCAUUGACUGAAUCCAAUUACAUUUUUUUGAUAACAAAUUCGAAUGUUCAUCACGAGCUUAGUAAUAGCCAAUACCAGUUGAGACGAUACCAGUGCGAAGAAGCCAGUGACUUGAUAAACGUUGAAAGUCUCAGAUCAGCCACGAUGGAAACCUUGAACAAAGCGCAUUCCAACGGGAAAAUGAAUGAAAUAAUCUACAAACGGGCCAGGCAUGUUAUAACAGAAAUCGAGCGAACCAUAACUGCUGCUGAGGUACUAAAACGUGGAGAUUAUAAAACGUUUGGCGAACUUAUGAACGCUAGCCAUAAUUCUCUGAGAGAUGAUUUUGAAGUGUCUUGCCAAGAAUUGGAUCAGUUAGUAGAGUUGGCCAGAAAAGUGCCAGGUGUCCUUGGGUCUCGUAUGACUGGAGGAGGUUUCGGCGGAUGCACAGUGACAUUGGUGGACCGGAAUGCCGUUAACUCUGUUGUUACUAUAAUUAAUUCGGAGUACAAAAGAAACCCUAAGUUCUAUACGGUAUUGCCGUCAUGUGGAGCGAAAAUUGUUAGAUUAUAGACCAUGUUCUUAUUUAUAACCGUUUAAAGUUUUAUUUUUUUACCAUGCAAUUUUAUAUUGAAUUAUUAUUGCUCAUGUAUUUAAUUUGUAAAUUUAUUGUUAAUUGUUUUAUGUUUAUACGUGUUUUUUACGAGAUACAUAAAUAAGAACUGUAUUUUAAUAUUAAAUAUAAGUAAAAAUGUUUUUAGUUGGUAUACACGAUAAAGUGAACAUCAGUAAUAUAAGCCAAACAUUUCAAA